GUGUGUACACACUGUAGAGUUCAGUACCCCUCGCUUCGUAGUAAGUGCUCAGCGUCCUCCUCCCCUUUCCAGAACAAGCCACCGUCGGGACCGGAGACGAAACUGCCUUAUAUGCAGCACUGUUUACGGUUUAAACCGACUGCCGUCCUCCUCCGAGCUCCGGUCUCGUAAACUGGGAGAUAUUUCAGAAGGAGCCGAGGAGAAAUGUCAGUGGAAAUACAGCAGAACCCGAUGCCUCCGUAGGUCCGGCGCGGUGCCAGAAAAUCGCUCCUUUGCUGAUUCACUGAGCCGGAGUGGACCAGAGGCAGCCUCGCGAUGUGGAGCUGCGUGGGUUAUAAUGAGACAGCAGGCGGCACGAAUUUGGCACUGUGCCAAGACUUAGGCCUCGUGCUGUCCAUCCUCUCCCUCUUUUACCUCUUCGUCUGCUUCCCAGUGGGCCUGUGCUGCAAUGCCCUGCUAGUGGUGGUCAACCUGUCCAACAAGGUGUCCAUGACCAUGCCGGACGUCUAUUUCGUGAACAUGGCCAUCGCCGGCCUGGUGCUAAACCUGGUGGCUCCGGUGGAGCUCCUGGGUCCGGACUUCACGCGCUGGCCGGUGUGGCGGUAUGACGACGAGGUCUACAUCACCCUCCUUAUCCUCUUCAACAUUUCCUCCCUGGUAAUCAUGUACUCUACCACGCUGCUGAGCCUGGACUACUACAUUGAGCGGGCGCUGCCACGCACCUACAUGUCCAGUGUCUACAACACCAAGCAUGUGUGCGGCUUCAUCUGGGGCGGUGCCGUGCUCACCAGUUUCUCCUCGCUACUCUUCUACGUGUGCAACCACGUGUCCACCAAGAUCAUUGAGUGCUCCGAGAUGCAGAACAAGGGCGCUGCCGACGCCAUCAUGAUGUUCAUCGGCUACGUCGUGCCGGCUGUAGCCGUGCUCUACGCCUUCGUGCUCAUCCUGCGCAUCCGCAAGGAGGCCACUCCACUGGACCAGGACUCGGGCAGGUUGGACCCUUCCAUCCACAGGCUGCUGCUGGCCUGUGUGUGCGUGCAGUUCGUACUGUGGACUCCCUACUACACCACCCUCCUGAUGCUGACGGUGACCGAUGUGCCGGGCAAGAGGUACCACUCGCGACAGGUUACAGCCUACAUGUUCUUAAGGGGUGUGUCCCAGCUGCUGGCCUUCUCUAGUAGCUUCGCCAUGCCACUCAUGUACAGGCAAAUGAACAAGAACUUCUCCCACAAGCUUCAGCGGCUGCUUAAGAGGCUGAACUGCGGCGAGCAACCGUGUCCUCAUGAACGCUCUGCUGUGCAGCAGGUGAUUACGUGAGGGUCCCAGUUCAGAACUGCAUUCCCCCACUGCUGCCCCUCACUGGCACUUGCUGCAUAACUCACAGACCCCUGGAAUGUGUCUGUAUGUGAUACUGUGGAACCCUCUGGUGACAGUGUGUAACGUUUUAACUCGGCACCUCUGGUGACCGUUUAACUUUGUUUUGUCAGGCGCUGCAGUGAACAAGGGUGACCAAGAAGAAAACCACUAAGUGCUGUUUGUGUGUAAGCUAUGUCCAUUCUUCUGAACGCGCCUCACUGGCAAACAGGAAUUCUUAUACCCAUUUCAACCGUUCAUUCUGUAGAAGGGAAACUUGAACUUAAUUGUGGUGGUAGUCUGUUACAGAUAUGACAGAGUCGUCUAAUGUGAUGCUUUUUGACCAACCUGUUCAGCUCAAAGCUAUCCCUCUAAAGGCUCCUAAUAUUGCCAACAUUUCUACAGACCUCUCAGCUUUGGUGCAUUCUUGUCUCGAUCUCCGUUACAUUUCAUUAACUUAAUAUAUGCCAAUGUUGGCAUACUAGAAAGCACAAUCUAAGGCUGGCUUUAUACAGUGAAACUUUCAUGCAACUUUCAUGUAAAGCCAGCCACAAUAUCUUAUAUUAAUAUAAGCAAUGGGCAUUACUUGGAAACGUGCUAUCUAUGUAGAGAACACCCAGAAAUAUCUCAAAGAGAUAACAAUGUGCGAGAAAGGGGUGUGUUUUUGUGCUGCUAAGGCAAGGUGAUCUACACUUGCUCCGCUGCUCAGACUUAUUGCUGCAGAUGGAGAGGCUUCAUUAAUAUCGUUAAGGUUAAACUUUAAAGAAUGAGUUUAUAAAGCAACUGAAGAGGUAUUGGAGAGCAUGAUCCGCUACCAGGCUUCAUGAUUAUUACAGUGUAAAUGAGAACAGUCAGAAUAGCUGAAAUGUAAAUUGUGUGUAAAUCAAGGAAUGAAAAGCAAGCAGUAGCUGAAGAGUCAGCAGUAAUCUGAUCAGCAGGCUUCUUAGCAAGACACUGUAAUCAUUUUCCAGGUGCCACUUGUUGAAGGUCCUUUAAAGCUAUUUUCUUAUCAUUUUUUUACAAGUAGAAAAGAGACGGGUCUUUUAAAACCAGUGGUCCUCACGUGAUAAUCUCCAUUGACCUAUUAGUGAAUUUUGACAUGCAAAUGAAGAGAUUUUUCCUGAGACGGGACGACUGCAGGAAAUUCCAUACUUGGUUAAUUAUUAUUUGACUGGAUCAAAGUCCAAUUGAUGACAGUCAAACAUUUUAAAAAGCAAAUAUGAAAGUUUAGCUCGAUUGGCUUGAUAAGGAGAGGUAGAAAAUAAAGGCAAAGGCCAGAAAACAUUGAGGAAAAAAAAAGCUUAAAAAAAAUCUGAAUUUGUAAGGUAGACAUACCUGCUAGUACAGCAUAUAACGCCGCUUGAAAGGUUCAAAUGUCCUCUUGAUUUUGCUAAACUGGUCGUAAACAUUAACCGUGGUAUACAGGGCUGAGUCUGAAUGAAUCAACUCAUUCCACCGUGCAUAAAUAUGAAAAGAACCUUAAACGGAACGAAAGCAUAAGCACUUCUGGCACCAGGACAUUGCUGAAACUCAAAUGGCUUGCUUGUAUAAUGUUUUGCAGUGUCUAAAAAAAGAUAAUAUUCCCAUCUUCUUGGUCAUGAGCUUAUGGACUUUAACCAAAAUAGAAUACAUGUUGGAAAGAAAGUACUGUAUGUGUACUGGGGGAAAAUAGUAUCAUGUAAAACCCAUUUAUGUAAGCAGAGGAAAGAAUGUAUUUAAGUCAUAAAGAGGAUUGAAAUGGUCAGCUAAUAAACAAUGAAAGCAGACAAAAAGCUAUGGCUAUUGUUAGUGUGUUGACGCCAGUAUAAAUGUAUAAUAUUAAAUAUGUGUAUAUAUUGUAUGUCAGAGAUUUACUGGAAUAGACGACAUGCCAUUUCAGAUUUACAGUAUUAUUUUCUCAGAGAUUUAUUUAGUUACUGUUGUGUCCGCAAUCAUGUCCCAUAUGGAGUCAAAGACAUAUUCAAUAAACUGUCGGAAAUAUUA